AUGGCAAAUAUUUACUGGCUACGAUGUUGCCAGUGUCGUUGUCCCGUCAAAGUCCACCGCCGUCUCCGAAGAUGGCGUCACCUUCUUCACCGUCUCCGAAGAUGGCGUCACCUUCUUCGGAGAAGAGUAGCCACGGAUCUUGUGAUCUCCGAUCAGCCUGUCUCCGAUCCAAGUUUCGCUGAGCUGCCAACAGACGUCCUUGGUAUCAUAAUGUCUUCUCUUUUCUUAAAAGACAACAUCCGUGCAUCCGCGGUUUGCAAAUCAUGGUGUGGAGCCGCGGUAUCGGUCCGGGUAGUGGAAAAGUACCCAUUGCUUAUGUACUUUCCUAAACAUGGCAACUUGUUUGAACUCCGUGAUCCAUUACAGCGGACGAUGUACACUUUGGAUCUGCCAGAGUUAGCUAGAUCCACUGUGUGUUACGCCAAAGAUGGCUGGCUACUUAUGGGUAAACAAGGAUUGAAAGACAUGUUCUUCUUCAAUCCGUUUACUCGGGAGCUGGUUACUUUGCCGCAGUUUCGUUGGCCUUAUGAUGCCGUAGCCUUCUCUUGUCCUCCAACGUCAACUAAUUGUGUGGUGCUAGCGCUAAGCUUUUCACAUGAGCAUGUCAGUGUCAGCACUUGCCAUCCUGGUGCAACUGAGUGGACUAGUGAAUCCUUCCCUAGUUUUCUAAGACGGUUUCAUAACCAGAGCAACCUUGUGUAUCGGGAAGAUCGAUUCUAUACCUUCAACGCAAACGGAACUUUGUUUAGCUUUCAUCCAUCUUCCCGAACAUGGAAUCAUAGAUGUGCAGAUACACUGGUAUGCCCUUAUAUCUAUGAUAGAGAGAAAUAUGGUUGGAAUGAAAAAUCAGUUGCCUUGAUAGAGAAGAAAGGAGAUCUUUUUGUCAUGUUUACAAGCGGCAGCGAGAAGCCAUUGGUGUACAAAUUGAUAUCUAAGAAGUGGGAGGAGAUAAGUAGGACUCGACUUGAUGGCAUGACAAUCUUUGUCAGUUAUUACAACGCUGAGCUGAGAACUAACCUCCGUCAUGCAUGGAUGAGGAACAAUGUCUAUUUUUCAAGGUAUGAUUACAAUCACCAACGUUGUGUAACCUACUCGUAUGAUGAGAGCAGGUACAGUUCGAGCAAUGAAUGGCAGAGGUGGAGAGAGCUAUGUCCUCGUCAUACCCUAUGGAUCGAUCAGCCUCCAGAGGAUGUGUGAUCUUUUCUGAAACUUUCUGCAUAGCAAUUGAGAAGGUUUUUUUUUUUUUUUAUGGUGUUAGUGUGUAACUUGUCAUUUGGGAGUUCACACUGUUGUAAUAAAGAACCGUUUCGGCU